CAAGUUCACAUUAAGAAGGAAAAUUUGUGAUAGUCUCUUAAGUGACAACAUCAUGCAUGUCAAAGCUAAGCCUCUCAAAACAUAAAACAUUCUAUUAGUACUAAAAAGCAGCAAUCCCCAACUUCAUUAGAAAAAAAAAUUAAUUAAAUGUCAAUUGAUUAAACAAUUCUGUAUAUAUUAUUAUAUAGUAUUUAUAAAAAUGCAAUGAGAAGUUCUUUUCUUGGUGCUGUUUUGGCUGGUUGGUACUAAUGAUGGAAGAAAAGUCAUUUAUUAUACUAUUCUUUGUUCCCUUCUGUUUUCAUAGCUGAAUGUACUCCAAUCUUUAUCCUCUAGAAUUUUAUAAACGAGACUUUAUAGCUCUUCCAUUUCUUGGUUUAUUUAUCUUUACACCCCCACAGCCAACUCCAUAUAUUAUUAUUAUCAUUAUUUUUUAUUUUUUUUUAUUUUCUGUUAUCAACUUUAGAAAGAAAGGAAACCACACUCUCACAUCCAAAGAGUCCAAAAGAAAGAAAAAGAGAAAGAGAGAGAGAAAGAGAGUUAAGUAUAACUAUUAGUGACAAAGAAAGAGAAGAGAGAAGAGAAGUUCUUCCUUGAUGGGUAACAACAAGUUCAGAUUGUCAGAUAUGAUACCAAAUGCAUGGUUUUACAAGCUCAAAGACAUGAGCAAAACCAGAAAGCAAAACAAUUCUCGUCCCACCACAAAGAAAAAGCUCACUCAAUUCAAUUCUAAAACCCAGCAAAAACCCCAACUUUCUCACCCAACAACAACACACCCCUUCUUUACCAACAACACAUCAUUCUCUCCCUCCAACUCAACACCCCAUUUCCCAGAUCCUCCUAGAAAAUCAUCCAAGAAAAUAGCUAGAAGGAAAGCAAUCUCCAUACCCCACAACCACCCGAGACCCGAACCGGUUUGUCUCAACCCGAACCCGGUUCAAUCUCCAGACUACUCUGUUUCCGGAACAGAGAGUUGUUCCGAGACAGAAUUUGACUGCGAUGACUAUGUUAGGUCCGACCCUUUUGUGGGCUUAGCCUCUUGGUCAAGCUCCUGUAACUGUAGGCUCAGUUCUUCCACUGCUGACAUCAUCAUCGACUUGAACAACAAUGGCAAUAAUGGCGAAGACGAUGGCUCUGUCAAGAAAACAGAGAAGUUAGAAGACGAGUUUUACGACGUCGUUACGGAGCUAGAGCUUCCUCCAAUCUUAACAAAGCCCAUAAAUUUCGACGACACCAUCUUUAAAGCCACUAAGUACAGACCGAAAGUCAAAGAAGAAAGCUUUAGAACAAAAACUCGAAGAGAGUCAAAAAGCACUAAUAACAACAACAACAAUGUUUUGGGUCGAAAAUCUUCGAGUGGCAUUAAGCUCAGCAGAGUCAACUCACCUAAACUCGCCAGCAAGAAAAUCCAAGCCUAUGCAAGAAAGAGCAUCUCAUCAUCAUCAUCAUCAACAACAAGAAAUUACAACAAACACCUUUCGGAAAGCUUUGCUGUUGUUAAAUCCUCAGUUGAUCCUCAGAGCGAUUUUAGAGAAUCAAUGGCGGAGAUGAUCGUGGAAAACAACAUCAGAGGGACUAAGGAUUUAGAAGAACUUUUAGCUUGUUAUCUUUCUCUCAACUCCAAGGAAUAUCAUGAUAUAAUCGUCAAGGCGUUUGAGCAAAUCUGGUUUGAUAUGGCUUAUAUUCGAAUGUAAAUUCUUAUUAUAAUCUUCUUAAUUUUAAUACAUAUAUAUAUAUAAAUAUUAAUCUCUCUUUAGUGUUUUUAUAUAGUUUAGCGAUCGUUGUGCUUCAGUACUGCUUUUUUUGGUAUCAUGCACUGAAAUUCAUAAUCAGAUAGUAUUUUUAACUUUCAA